AUGCAACGCGAAGAGCCCCGCAAGAUCGGGCGCCUGCCGGCGUUGGGGCAGCACCAGACACCGCAGCGGGCACGAGGAGGCACGUCGCGCGUGUCAGACGCAUUCAACUUGUCGCUCGGCGAGUCGCCGCUCACCGGGGGGCUCACGGAUAUGCGGGUGCAGGACAUGGAGCCGGCGCAGUGGAGCCGCCCGAAACGCAGGUCCAGCGUCCAGGCGCCGGUCGCGUAUAUUGACGAGGAGGACGAGGAAGAGGAUGAAGAGGAGGAUAUCGACUUUGUGCCGGAGGAGAACAGCGACAUGGACAUGGAGGAGGUGUACGAGGAAGACGCCGAAGAGGGGUACGAGGCACAGGACGAGCCAGACGAGCCCGAGGAGCAUGUACAGCCGCUCCCACGCGCGCCGCGCCCGGCACCGACUCCCGCGCGCCAGGCGCCGACGCCAAGCGGGCGCGCACAGCCGACGCCGGGGUACACACGACCACAGCCGACACCGCGCUCGCAGCCGGCCAGCGCGCGGCGGCCUGCACGCCCUGCGCCGCGGCCGAUCCAGGCCGUGGGCAUGCUCGACUAUGAUGCGAUCGACUACGACAAGAUCACGGACCCGUUCAAGGACGGCAAGCGCGAUUACAUGCGGGGGCGCGCUCCUCCGCCGCCUGCAGAGGAGGCACCAGUCGAGUCGACGCCGCGGAAUCCUCGCGCACGCCCGAGCCUCUCUGCCGAGAUUGAUGUAGACGAGAUCCCGCAUGUGCCGUCGGCACCGACACCGGCGCGGGCUACGUCGCGGACGACGCCGCGGAAACCGACACUGCAAGAAACGCUGCCGCGCAUGCCCACGCCAAAAGAGCCGACGCCGCGCAAGGCACUCGCAGCACACGCGUCGCCGCAGCCGGUCUCGACGACGCCGCGCACGCUGCCGCGCGCAAGUCUGGGGCAGCACGAGGCGCGCAGCUUGGCAAGGGAAGAAGGCACAGCAAGUACGACGCCACGGAUCGCCCGCGAGGUCAAGGCGCGUGUAUCAGACGUGCCCAGUCGCGCGCACGACGAUGCAGAGGUGUCUAGUGAGGCAGAGGCGUAUGCCGAGACGAGUCGGCAUGGCGAAACAAGCGGGCAGGCCGAGACGAGCGCUCGGGCUGAAUCGAGCGCACGGUCGCCUGUUGCGGCACGGACAUCGGCCGCGACGCGUGCGCCUGCCCCGGCACGGACAGACACAGCUCGUGCGCCUGCUCCGGCACGGACAGAGAUCCGUGCACAUCCGCUUGCACCGGCCGAUGCAAGCCCUGCUCGAGCCGAGCCGAGCUUGGCGCCUCGGGCCGCGUCGAGCUUGGCGCCUCGUGCCGAGCCGACGGCCGCACGCCCGAGCUCUGCCCUUGGAUCGAGCGCACCGCGCCCACCUGCCCGCCCACGCCCGUCGGCGCCACGCCCGUCGGCCGCUCCUUUGGACGCUCCUGCCCCUCCUGCCCCUGCCCCUUCUACCGAGGCGCCUCCCGCCCGCCCCUCGGUCGCACCCCGUCCCUCGUUUGGCGUACGUACGCCUGCGAAACCCACGCGCUCGAACCGUGUCAUUACCGAGCAGCUUCUACAAUGGAAGGCACGCUACAUUGAGCUCGAGGAAGAAAAGGCACUCCUCGAGCAGCGCCUUGCCAACGCGUCCGAUAUGGACGAGUCGAUGGAGCGCGAGCUGGCCGAAGAGCUCGAGGCCGUGCGCCAGGGCCAGAAAGACGACCGCCGCAAGAUGCGGCGUGUCGUGCGUGAGCUCGAGUCGCACAUUGCCGACGUCAAGGUCAAGUACGACGAGCGGUACUGGGACCUGUUGACCAGCUCGCCGACGGGGUACGACUCGCCGCAGGUGCAGCUUGUCCUCCGCGACAAUGAGAUUACGCAGCUCAAAGGCGACGUUGCGCGCCUCGAGCGGCAGCUCGCGCUCGAGCGGCACCAGUCCAUGUUCCUCGUCGGCCUGAACAAGUGGCGGGCGAAGCAGGCACGCACCACCGAGGCCGACGAGACUUACCACCUGCAUGCGCGCAUCGCGCAGCUGGAGCGCGAGCUCGACGCGGCGCACGCGCGGCCGGAGCGUAUCGAGGCGCCGGCCAGCAGCACGCCCCCCCGCCCCUCUGCCGAGACACCCGACGCCUCGAGCUCGCCGCAGAUGCAGCUCCAGGAUAUCGGCCUCGAGCCCGAGCCGGCGGCCGCGCCGAGUGCGACGCCUGUGCGCCCCCCGCUCAAGCCCGGCGUGACGCCGAUGCAGCAGCGCGUCCAAGGCACGCAGUUUGCGCUCGAUGUGGAGUCCACGCCGAUGCUCGCGCGCACCGAGGAGCCGCAAGGCGGCAAGAAACGCAAGAUCCUUUCUCAAAAGUCGAAUCUGUUCAACAUUGCCGAGGCCGCGUCGACCCCGCUGAAUCCUGCGCUGCAGUUUGGCUUCCUCUCCCCAACCGACGACUCAUAG